AUGCCGGACGUCGAAGCUCCCUCAGUCCAGGGCGAUGAGAAGCAUGAGGUCCACCAGAUCUUACCCAGUGGGCGCUCCGUCUCGCCCGUUAAUCUAGAUGAAAAGCGCAUGUCUAUUUCAUCGACCACGGCUGCUAAAAAGAUCCUGGAACAUAGCCAUGAUGCCGACGAAGCGAUGAAAGCAUUCGCCAACGGCGAAGUGGUCGAACUCGACGAGGCCACCAACAAACGACUCCUGCGAAUCAUCGAUUUCAGAAUGAUGCCAUUGAUGUGCGUCGUCUACGGUCUGAAUUACCUCGAUAAAACCACCUUGUCCUAUGCUUCAAUCAUGGGCAUCAAAAAGGACAUCCACCUGGUCGGCGACAAUUACCAGUGGCUUGGCUCCAUGUUCUACUUUGGCUACCUUGCUUGGGAGUAUCCGACCAACCGGUUGUUGCAACGACUUCCAUUGGCCAAGUAUUCAGCUUUCUGUAUUGUCGCGUGGGGUGUCAUACUUGCGUUGUUCGCAACCGUCAAGGAUUUUGGUGGUGCUGUUGCCAUCAGAUUCUUACUGGGCGUCUUCGAGGCUGCCGUAACGCCAGGGUUUGCUCUCAUCACUUCACAAUGGUGGACCAAGAAAGAGCAAGGCGCAAGGACGGGUAUCUGGUUCUCAUUCAACGGCUUUGGCCAGAUAUUUGGCGGUUUGGUCGCAUACGGUAUUGCCGUGGGCGCCAGAAAGCAUGGUACCGCCAUCGCUCCCUGGAAAAUCGUCUUCCUUGUCAAUGGCUGUUUGACCGCCCUCUUGGGAGUGGUUUUCUUCUUCGUCAUCCCUGACAACCAGCUCAAUGCGUGGUGGUUGAAGCCCCGCGACCGCAUUCUGGCGGUUGAGAGAGUACGAGUCAAUCAACAGGGAAUAGGAAACAAGCAUUUCAAGUGGUAUCAGUUGAAAGAAGCUCUUUUGGAUCCUUUGACAUGGGCCUUUGGCUUUUACGCGCUCACAGCUGAUAUUCCGAAUGGAGGUAUCAGUAAUUUCUUUUCACAGCUGAUCGUCUCAUUCGGCUACACGCCCGAGGAAUCACUACUUUACGGAACACCUGGUGGGGCCGUCGAAGUUGUGGCCUUGAUAUUCUGCGGCUGGCUAGGAGAUAAGAUCGGCCAACGUCUGCUGGUCUCAAUGGGUGGCCUUGUCAUCGCCAUCCUCGGUAUGGUUCUCAUCGUGGCUUUACCACUGGAAAAUAACUCCGGUCGAUUGGCCGGCUAUUACUUGACCCAAGCAUCCCCAACGCCCUUCGUCGCAUUGUUGUCGCUGAUCGCCACCAAUGUUGCGGGCUAUACGAAGAAGACAACCGUUGCAGCCAUUUAUCUGAUUUGCUACUGUGUGGGAAAUAUCAUAGGCCCUCAGACUUUCCGCCCCAAAGAUGCACCGAGAUAUGAACCUGCCGAGAUCACCAUCAUUGUGUGCUGGGGCGUAUGCCUGAUCGAUCUGGCUUUCAUCUGGUGGUACUGCAAACACUUGAAUGCGAAGAAAGCGGCAAUCAGAGCUGAGCCUGGAUAUCAGAAGUUGGAGAAUCAAGAAUGGCUUGAUCUCACCGAUAAAGAGAACCCGGAGUUCGUAUACAGCUUGUGA